GUCCAGCUUCAGAUUACGCAAAACUCCCAAGGUUCAGAGGCAACACUUACGUUGCCUUUUGACACGCAAUGACAUCUAGAAAUAGGAAUGGGGUCUGGAUUUUGUCACCAGUGUCUAUGUAACAGACACACAGAAAUGUGUGGAGUGAUGGCUUAGCUCAAUUUGGAGUGUUUGGACACACACUUCAUCUGUCAGAAUGAGUGGUGUGGCCCUGGGCAUCGAGAUUGUCGUGGUAUUUUUCCUGGCACUGUUCCUUUUACACCGCUAUGGAGACUUUCGCAAGCAGCAUCGCAUGGUCUUGUUUGCCACCCUUCUUGCCUGGUUCCUCUGCUUCUUGAUCGUUUUCAUCCUGCCUCUGGAUGUCAGUACGAGUAUUUAUAACCAAUGCAAGAUUAAUAGCAACAAGGAAAAGACUGCCGUCCUACCAACAGAAUACUCAAACCAGUCGGCAAAUUCUUCUAUUUCUCCAACGACAAGUCCAAAAAGGGUCUGUCAUAAGCCUUGGAGCUACAUACCUGAUGGAAUUCUACCAGUGUUCUGGCGAGUAGUAUACUGGACCUCACAGUUUUUGACAUGGUUGCUCAUCCCGUUUAUGCAGUCGUACGCACGCUCUGGAGGCUUCUCCAUCUCGGGGAAGGUGAAGACGGCUCUGAUUGAGAACGCCAUCUACUACGGCACCUACCUGCUCAUCUUCUGCUCGCUGCUCAUCUACGUGGCCGUGAGCCCCAAGCUCAAUCUCUCAUGGACUCAGCUGCAAGUCAUCGGCAUCACAGCAGCCAACACCUGGGGCUUGUUCCUGCUGGUGCUGUUGCUGGGCUAUGGCUUGGUGGAGAUCCCGCGCUCUUACUGGAACGCCUCCUGUCACGGUCACCUGCUGGCCAAGACCUACUUCAAGGCCGCCAAGCUGAUGACGGAGAAGGCCGACGCCGAGGAGAAUCUGGAGGAUGCCAUGGAGGAUGUGAGGAAUGCCAGUGAGGCAAUCAAGUAUAACAACCCUCUUCGGAAGUGCAUCGACACAGUUUUAAGAAAGAGCCCCACGGAGUACCAGGAGAAAAUGAACAGGAACAUGGAUGACUACGAGGACUUUGACGAGAACCGUAACCCGUGCCCCAGCAAAAAGAGCCUGGUGAAGCUACACAAACAGGUGAUCUACGCCGUGCAGCGGCACAACCGCACCCAGGUGCAGUGGCAGGCACUGCUGGAGGAGGCCUUUCACCUGGAGGACGUGGCUAAGAACGAGACCAGUGCCACCCACCAGUUUGUGCACAGCUUCCCCUCUUCAGAGCCGCCCGGCUGGCUCAGCAGAGUCCUCUAUACGCCCACCAUAGAGUGGUACUGGGAGUGUCAGCUGCGGCGCUGGUUCUACAAGGCGCUGGCCGUGCUGCUGAUGCUGGUCUCGGUGGCGGUGGUCUGGUCCGAGUGCACCUUCUUCAGCACCCAUCCCGUCCUCUCCCUCUUCGCCAUCUUCAUCCAGCUGGCCGAGAAGGAGUACAACUACUUUUACAUCGAGAUGGCGUGCUUCUUCACCAUAUUUUACCUGUGCUACUGCGUUUACUCCACCGUGUUCCGCAUCCGAGUCUUCAACUACUACUACCUGGCCCCGCACCAUCAGACGGAUGCCUACAGCCUGCAGUUUAGCGGCAUGUUGUUCUGCCGGCUGACUCCACCCCUAUGCCUGAACUUCCUGGGUCUGAUCCACAUGGACUCCACCAUCUCCGGCCAGCAGAGAGAGCAGACCGCCUACACUACUAUUAUGGGGUCCAUGAAGGUCCUCUCGUUCAUCGCUAAAGGGUUCUACAUCUACUACCCCAUGCUCAUCCUGCUGCUCUGCAUUGCGACCUUCUACAGUCUUGGAACGCGCUGUCUGAAUAUGCUGGGCUUCCAGCAGUUCAUGGGUGAGAGCAACAUGACCACAGACCUGGUGGACGAGGGCAGAGAGCUCAUCAGGAGAGAGAGGAGGAAGCGCCAGAGAACAGAGGAUGGGGAGAACCGUAGGAGAGAAUGGAGGGAACGGUAUGGAGACCCACGAGAAAAGUAUUCCAGCCGGAAUCGGAACGCGUAUUCGGAACUGAAGGAGAACAACGAGUCUGUUAUGAACAGCAGCGCAUUUGCUCCACUGUCUAGGAGAGAUCGGAGUGACCAGACUGAACUCCUGCAAGAUGCUGAACCUUUGGACUUCAACGCAGAGGAGAUCACGGAGACCGAGGACCGCCGGUACACCGGGGGGCGCUAUCUGUCCACGUCAUUGUCUCGGGGUCGCAUAUUUGACGACGUCUGAGUGAAACGUACAUCCCAAUGACAACACUUACAGACUUUUCUUACUCUGACCCCACGAGUGGACAACGGAGGAUAUUUUAACGGACUUAUCGCGAUGUCACCAGACUUGUGGACCUUUUUGGGACUUUGUUGAGCUGUUUCCUGGUGUUUUCAUUGUCAUUGUGUUUAUUUAUUUGGGGCCUGCACAGUUGUGUUUGGUUUUAACCAGCAGAGGGCACCAGCAUUACAAAGGGUUGAUCUCGCUUCGUUCACUGCACGAACGAACGAGUGAAGCUUUUUCAGAAGGGAACUAGCUUCCAAAAAUAUGUCUAUUUUUAUGCAAAGGGAAUUGUUAAUUGAAUCACGAAAGUGCUGGUUUUUGAACACUAUUGCAGAGACCCCAAAUUGUUGUGAAUCUCUGUUUUGUUUUUGUGUAUAACAUGUAAUAUGACUUUAAAACCCCUAGUAAAGAGUCUGUAGUGGAACAUUGUUAAGUGGCUCUUAAGAACUAUCAUGUGGACAGAAGAUAAUGUAGAUCUCACCAUCAACGUUUCUGGCAAAAAGGAUGUCAAUGCUCCGCUCCUGUGCUCCUAGGCAUCGGCUGGAGUUUGGUGAUAGAUGGUGUUUUCCAUCAAAAGUGAAGUGCCAAGACUGUAUACAACCUCCUUAUUUUGAGCCCAUAGAAUGGACAGCACGAAGAUGAGCGGUUAGCUGAAUUUCACAAAUAAAUAAAAAAUAUGUAUUGGA